UGAAGCUACACUCCAGUGAUGCUACUUGCUGUAACAAGCCAUUGCACAUAAAUAGUUUGGAGUCGCUUUUUUCCCCCAUUUCGUCCAGUUUCAAGUGGUGUUUAACUGGAUGGAGUUUCGUGAAGACUGCGUGUUUAAAAGAAAGCAAGCGCGAAUUAAUAACGCGGAGUGACCACCGUCCGCAUAUUUAAAAGACGCUAGCAUGCGCAAUACGUGGCUUUAUAAUGUUAUUAGAGAAGCUAGCUAAUCUUAGUUUGUUUGGCUAACGUUAAAUGAAUCCUGCUUUACGGUUUUCGAUCCCUGUAGCAACUAAUGGCGCUAAACAGUUAACGUUGGCCAAAUUUAUUUUUAUUUGCUUUAAGUGAAUCAACUUAGUUUGUCACCCGCAUAAGCUAGUAGCUAGCUAGCCAUUAGCCGUGGACCGGAGACCCUUCACUGUUUGUGUCCGCGGUAUGAUUCAUCUGAUUGAUAGAUGGGGCUUUUAAGGAUCAUGAUGCCGCCCAAGAUCCAGCUUUUGGCUGUGUUGGCCUUUGGAGUGGCGAUGCUCUUUAUUGAAAACCAGAUCCAGAAUCUGGAGGAGUCACGAGCCAAACUGGAACGUGCCAUUGCCAGACACGAGGUGGCUGAAAUAGAGCAGCGUCACAGUGAAGACACUGGGCGGGAAUUAUCACCACUGUCAGAGAAAGAUGACACGGUCAUCAUCUACAACAGAGUGCCCAAGACUGCCAGCACGUCCUUCACUAACAUUGCCUACGACCUGUGUGGGAAAAAUCGCUUCCACGUCCUGCACAUCAACACAACCAGAAAUAACCCUGUGAUGUCUUUACAAGACCAGGUGCGCUUUGUCAGGAACGUCACCUCGUGGAGAGAGAUGAAGCCCGGCUUCUACCACGGCCAUGUAGCUUAUCUGGACUUCUCAAAAUAUGGUGUGAAGGGUAAACCCAUGUACAUAAACGUGGUGCGAGACCCUAUAGAGCGGCUGGUGUCCUAUUACUACUUCCUGCGUUUUGGAGACGACUACAGACCCGGCCUUCGACGACGAAAACAAGGGGACAAAAGGACCUUUGAUGAGUGCGUGUCAUCAGGCGGAUCUGACUGUGCUCCCGAGAAACUCUGGCUGCAGAUCCCCUUCUUCUGUGGCCACCACUCAGAGUGCUGGAACGCCGGCAGUAGAUGGGCCCUGGAACAGGCCAAAUACAACCUGGUGAAUGAGUACCUGCUGGUUGGAGUCACCGAGGAGCUGGAGGACUUCAUUAUGAUCCUGGAAGCAGCGCUGCCACGCUUCUUCAAGGGGGCCACCGAGCUCUACAAGACAGGAAAGAAAUCCCAUCUGCGAAAGACCACUGAGAAGAAGCCUCCCACCAAAGAGACAAUAGCCAAGCUGCAGCAGUCUGACAUCUGGAAAAUCGAAAAUGAGUUUUACGAGUUCGCACUCGAACAAUUUCAGUUUGUGCGUGCUCACGCUGUCAGGGAGAAGGACGGAGAACUUUAUGUCCUGGCCCAGAGUUUCUUCUAUGAAAAGAUCUACCCAAAGUGAACUGAAAAUGUAGCCAGAAAAUAGUGACAAGGGCUGAACAGGCAGAAACUCUUAUUUAGAAGUCGUAGACACUGGGACGCAACGAGAGACACUAAGUGGUGCAGGUUGAUGCCGGAUUUAUUUUUCCUGUAAUCCCACUUUUACUGGGAUUCUAAUUUUCACCCUCUUAUGGUACAGAAAAGCCUUUUCAGUCUGUACAGUGGAGUUUCUACAAGGAAUGUGUCUAUGUUUUUUUUUUAUUGCUGUGCAGCUGUUGAGAAAAUCUAACACGGAUAAACUAUCAGUCUGAGCUGUGAGAAACAUUUUCUGCUGAAAUAGAUACUGAAUGUGGUACAUUUCAACACCAAAACGCAAGAAUCACAAGGAUUAUUAUUAUUAAGUUGUGUUUUUUUGGUUUUUUUGGGGUGGACCAUUGAGAUAAAAACAGAAAACACUAGUUCAACAAGUCUAAAACCACAUUUUAAAGUAUCUUCUGGGCAAAACAAGCUCAUCCGGUUUAUGUAAUUUGUUUUUUUUUUUGCACAGUCCAUUUAAGGUGCACCAGUACUUGUUUACAAAUUACAGAAUAUGUAACUGUUACAAAACACAGCAGAGGAACCGAGGAGAAUCUGUACGGACUGUGUUAAUAUGCAGUGGUUUGUUUUUGGACCAAACGGUAGCGACAGAAAAUAGAUCGGACCAUUGCAUCCCUUGGUGCGUGACUAGUAAUUUUUUAUCCCACUGAGAUGUUCUCAAUUUUUAGACAUGUUUAACACAUUGUAUCAAUAUUUUAUCACAGAAAUAAUGAUGAGCCUAUUUGAUAUAACUGAUUGCUGCUGUUUUUUAGCCUGUGAAAGGACCACGUUGAGCAGGAGAAAGGUAUUAAUCAACAGUGAAUACGAUGUUUGAGCACAGGGUUUAACAGCUUUGACUUGGCCACAGGGUUAUUUCCAGCAGCUUAGAAAGUGGAGUUGAGAGGUAGAAGUGAUAGUGCCUUUAUUACAAUAUAUAGGACAAUUUAUUUUGUUUUCAUUUUCCAGUGGUUCUACAAUCAUGUUCCUUCUUAUUUUGGUGUAUCUUUAUGAACUGCAUUUCCUGUUUUGUUGUGUUUUUACACCCACCACACUAACAGCCUAAACAUAAAUACAAACAUUAUAUAAUACAAAAUAUCUUGGCUUGUUUUCUUCUCGCUGUAUUCUCAAUUGAGAGUUGCUGAUUGUGUCUUAAUUUGUGUGUUUGUGUCAUGUGACUCAUGAUAGCACUGAUCAGCAGAGAGUGGCGGGGAACAUUGAUGAUUUAGAGGCUUUUUUAAUGGCACCACUCAAUCUUGAAAAAGCUUUUUAUUUUUUUUUAAAGGGGAACUCCAUCUAUUGUUCGUCUUUAGAGUUGGAGGCUUGUGACUGUCAGAUUUUCUUUUUAAAAAGCUUGUUUGUAUGUUAAUUAAAACAUAAACUGGCCAAAACUGCA